GUGCCCUAUAACAUAAAACACAUACAUAAUACACUAAUUUAAAACUUUAAUUUAUCAUCAACCAUUAACAAUUUCAAAUCCAUAGGAGACAAGCAGAAUACAUUGCUGGUUGAGUUGAAGGGUCUGCAUAAGUCUUGCUGGAAUUAUAAGGACUAAGGAGAGAGAGGUGCAGAGAGGGCGGUCGUAAAUCGUAAUGGACAGGAGCUUCAAUUUGUUGGAUUUGAAUCAUUCUUUUGGUUGCUUGUUUCUGCAAAGACAGUCAAGUAGGGAAGCAGUCCGGUAGCUUAAGUACAAAGAAAGAAAAAAAUGGUGGAUAUGAUAUGAUAUGGCUGCCGGCCGGCCGGCCGGCUUGACUGACCGGAAAUUAGUGUUUAUGCCUUAAUGGGUAUGAAUAUGGAGAUCGUCGAUCGGCUCUUCUGUUUGUUGUCAUCACAAAUGUUCAUUCAUAUCGCUGGUCGCCGCAGUUGCUGGUGUUGGAACUUCCGCUUACCAGUCAUCACCAAAUGGGCGAAAGCGACCAAUUUGGUCAGGCUCUGUUUGUCUUUUUUCUUAGUCCGGCCAAAAAAGGACCGAAGCAGAACAAAUUGAAACGAGGCGGAGGUUAUAUAAAACGGGCGAAGGCAAACCCAAGCAAUUUUCCCUCAAACGAAAACACACACAACAAUCAUCAAUGGAGAAUCUCCCGUCGGAAAUAGAGCUGGAAAUACUCUCCCGGCUACCAAUCUCUUCCAUCAUCAGGCUCAAAUGCGUCUCCAAAUCCCUCCGUUCAGUCGCCGAAAACCCUCGACUCCACGCCCUCUAUCUCGCUCACGCCCGCCGCCGGGACCCGUCCCUCCUCCUCCACUAUUCCGACGCCGGCAGUCAGCAGAUCCGCCUUCUCGCCGCCGGUUUCGGCAACAAAACCGUCAGAUCCGACGACGACCUAGACUUCACCAAACUCGUCCCCACGGGAUCCUGCAACGGCUUCUUGUGCAUCUCCGACGCCGAAAAUUCAUCCCUAACCCCUGUUUGCCUCUGGAACCCGCUCACGGGCCACCGGAUCCACCUCCCCAGGCCCAUCAACACCAGCUUCCCCGAGCCACAACACGUGGCUCUGGGCUUCGGGCCCGAUCCAGUAACCUCUGGGCCCAAAAUCGUCCGGGUGGUCUACUGCAACCGCCCGACCCUGUUCGGAUGGGCCUGGCACUCGCAGGUCCAGGUGCUCACCGUCGGCGCCACGUGGAGGGAGAUCGGACGGACAUCGUGGAACCUGAAGCCAGUGCCGUCGGAGGGCAUUUUGGUCAAUUCCGCUCUCCAUUGGCUCACCCUGCCGAUGCAGGGGAAGGUGAGGAUUGUGUCGUUUGAUUUGAGGGCAGAGGAGUUUGGAGAGAUUGGCUUCCCUGCAGAGGAAUUGGACCCAGAACGGUGUCGUUUGACCCAAUUGGUGUCGCUCUCCGGCCACCUGUCUGCGGUGGUUUGCUGCGGCGGCGGUGGGUUUGAGUUGUGGGUGAUGAAAGAGUACGGUGUGAAGGAAUCCUGGUGCCGGGAAUUCGCCAUUGACGGAGAUCAGUUGCCUGGAGCGCUGAAUCCGAAUGGAAGAGGCGAUGGAGGGGGAGCUGCAACGACUGUGCGCGUGCUGUGUAAACUGGAGAGCAGUGGAGCGAUCUUGCUGCAGAUUGGAGGAUGCAAGUUGGUAACGUAUUGUCCUGAGACUUUGGAGUCGAAGGAAGUUGAGGUUUCAGGGCUUCCAGGAUCCUUCUCGGUCACUCUUCAUAUGGAAAGCUUGUGAUCAUGAUCCAAGAGACCACACAAAUACAUGACUCUUAGGGGUCAUUUGAAGGAUAAGAGUAUGUGUGAUAUUGUCCCUCCUAGAUAAAUCUUAAAGGAUUGG